AUGCAUCUCUCUAUACCUCCUCCUUCAUCAAAUACUUGCUUUUUAUGUUCUAUUUGUGGAAAAAAAUUUAAAAGCUCACGUGGUUUAAUGCAACACAAUAGAAUAAUACAACAAUAUAAUCAACGUCAAGAUCUUGAUAGAUUGCCAACUAAUAUUAUUGCAGAAUUCAAAGAGAUCUUGAUUAUGGAAAUACACAAAAAAUUGGUUUUAAAUUUUAGAACAAAAGGGAAUUAUAAGUGUAUUUUUCGGGGUGAAAAAGCAUAUGAGAUUAUAAGUGAAAUUUUGAAUUCUAAUCAAUGGGGGAAAAAAGUAUAUUCACAAAAUCAAGAAACAUAUGUUGUGUGCUUAGAUCCUGUUCCAUGGAAUCCUUCUACCUCACAUAAUCAAUCAGAAGAAGAAGUACAUCCUCUUGAACAAUUAAUUUAUCAACAACAAUCUUUAAUUAAAAAACAAGCUAGGUGGCCACAAUUUUUACAUGGUGAAAUUUUAAUAGAAUGGAAAAAAU